AUGACUACAAUAACAUAAGAGUAUUCUUUGAAUGCAUUCCAAUAAUCUAAUUUUCAUAAAGUAAAUAUUAAAACAAAUUAAUUUAGAUUAUAAUCACUGUAUUUUAUCAUGAUGAUGAUUAUAAAACAAGAUUAGAUAAAUUAUUAUAAAUAACACCUCUUGAUGUUGAUAAAUAUGCCUUAUCUUAUUGUAAUGAUGAAUAAAUAGCAAGAACUCAUAAUGUAUAAAACCUAUAUAUUUUAGAUUGAAUAAUUACCUUCUGUUUUGAUUUCUUCAUAUCCAUAUUUAAUAAGUAACUAAAUAUUGAAUCUGGAACCUGCAUAAAUUGUAGUUUAAUUAGAUAGUAUAUUUGAACAAUUCGAAGCUGAAUUUAAAAAUUAAUAAUAACAUUAUUUUUAAAAGAUUGAAUAAAUGAUUAAAGAAAAUCCUAUUAUGUUAUUUAUAGUAGGUACACCAGAAAAACCCAUGUGCAGAUUUACGUCAAAAUUAAUUUAAAAAUUGUAACCUUUUGGUAUUCAAUUUGGAUUUUAUGAUAUUGAAAUUGACAAACUUAUUGUUGGUUAUUUAAAGCUUUACUCAAAAUGGUAAACAUUUCCAUAAGUUUUUGUGAAUGGAAAAUUAAUUGGAGGAGCUGAUGUAAUUCAAAUUAUUUAAGAUUAAGGCAACGGUGGAAUUAAUAGAAUAGAAGAAAUUCCAAGAAUUAAUACCUAAGGAAGCUUAUAUGACUAAGACUUCAAAAUUAGAGUAGAUUUAAUUAAUAUCGAAAUAUAUUAUCUUAAUAGAUGGAUAACCAGAUUAAAAUUGUGAAAUAGCUAGAAUCAUGACACAGAAGAAAAUUCCAUUCCAAUUUUACAAUAUUGGAAUGGAUUAAGAGGUUAGGUCAGAAGUCUUAAAUUUCAUGUCUAGUUAUAUUGAAACAUCCCAUGAUUUGGAACCUCUACUAUUAUAUAAAGUAAAAAAUUAUUUAAUAUAUAUAUAGAAUACAAUAUAUAAUGAAAUAACUUUAAAAAAAGAAUUGAGUAUUUUAUAAUGAG